AAUACCCUGUCGCUUGUGUCCUCCGCCGCCCGGGAACAAUUGUCGUUAGGUGAGUGAAAGCCCACCGUCUGUCUGUAGUCCGCUUUCCGUUUUGACGCCACCGGGAGACAAUUAAACUGCGACGGUUAACGGCUGUUUUUGCCACCGUGCUCCGCAUGUGACGGAGCGGACAGGGGAGGGGCGGUGUGUCUCGUGUAUUGUACCGUGGAACACCGAGUUCUAGUCAACGUAGCUGGGCGGCAGCAGCAGCAGCGACCACACCGAGGAACUGAAGUCUCCGACAGCAGACACCUCGACCCGGCUGCAAGCACGUCUCCCCUCCGCUUUAAAGUCAGCGUCGGUGGGACUUAACCGAGGACAACGUAACUCAGUUGCUGUCAAGCCAACGAUAUUGUCAGUACAGCAGGAAGGAGAUGAGCACCAAGAGGAAGGCAGAGGUUCACUCAAGGACAGCAAACAGACCACGCAUCAUGAAGUCUGGAGGCUCCCGCACUGACUCAGAGAGAGACUCUGGGUUCUCGGAUGCAAGCUCAGAGCACAUGAGCACCAUGGACACCACAGACUCGGAGGAUUCACCCCGCCCUGUUGUACAACAAGGACCACAGACCUCUCGGCUGGCUGUGGUGGGAGGCUCCUACUCCAGCCUCUCCCCCAUGAUCAUCAUGAACAACGUCCUUCUCAAGCAGCCUCGAGAUAAUCCUCCUGCUCUGAAGCCCUGGGGGUUCAGUCCUACAGUGGAGGUGGUUCAGCCUGUUGUCCAGCCUGUUGUCCAGCAGCCUCAGGUGGUCUUCCUUCAGCCUGUGGUCUCUCGUCAAGCUUCACCCACCUCCAAAGAAGCCUCAUCUAGACACAGACGCCCUAAAAAGUAUCUUCCAAUCCUGAAAUCCUACCCCAAGAUCGCUCCACAUCCUGGAGACAGCUCCAGUUCCUCAGGGAGAGGAACUGGUUCCUCGUCUUCCUCCAGCACCUCCUCCUCUUCUGGGUCAGAGAAGGGUAGUAGCUUGACGUCCACCCAGCGGGAACACUGUCCGAAAGAGAAGCAGCAGAAAAAUCUGUGUGGUGGUGCCAGUAACUCUGGCUCAACCACUCCCAGUCUUCCUGCUACCCCCAGCACCACGUCCCCUCUGCUCCAGAGCCGACUCUCUCUGCCCACAACAGAAACCAGGGCCAGCAGUAGUCCUGCCAGGGAGAGGCCUUCAUCAGCUGUCAGCCAGGCAGAGUUUUCCACCUCCCUGUCUGUUACUCACACCACUGGCCCUGAUCCCCGGAUGGUCAUCCAGAACAACAGCUCACUAGAACAAUAUAACCACAGUGACAGUGAUGCUGAUACAAAGAGGAAGCGCUUCUGCAACACUUACAACAUCCUGAGCAAAUCAGGCCUGCUGGACAUUGCACUGCGCACCAAGGAGCUCCACAGGCUGAACCGACGCACCCAGGGCGACCUAGACCGGCUAAAAGAGCACACAGACCUCUUCCUUCAGGCUCUGUGUAGCGGUGACACCAGCAUUUUUGUAAAGCUGCAGGCCAGUCUUCAGGAGGAAGACGGGGAGAAAGAGAGGGAGAGAGCUGCUCAGACCAGCUUAAAGGCAGAUUAGACCUAGUCUAGUGCUGGGCACUAAUCCUUUAGACUGAGAUGGGGAAAGGCAGACCAGGGUCGGGGGGGCUGGACUGUAUAGAGACAGAUGGACCGAGAGUAAUGUGCUCCACAAUACACACCCACCCUCAGACUCUCUCACACAGUGAGCUGUGGCCUACAUUUUGGCUGCAGGCUGCCUCAGGGCCCUGACACACCAAGCUGACCUCGAAGAAUUAGUGCAGAUGAAGACUUUUUGUUGCCUCACGUCCUGCACUUGAACUCAUCCUAAGACUGCAGCUGGUGGCCAGUUGUCUCCCAGUGUGCACACGUUUUGUGCUUAUGUGAGAGGUCGUAUUUUAGUCAGCAGUCUGUGUUUAUAAUCCAGGAACAUCAUGGAAAGAGAAGCAAAGUAGACUAGACUACCUUAAGUGCUGUAUCAUAGGCAACUGGACAUUUCUCCUCUCAUCUAAGAGGCUUCUUCUGUUCUGCCAAGCAAGUCCAGUUACCUACGAUGUAACAGUCAAGAUUAUCAUGACCUGGAUGACUGAGAAUCUUCACCAACAAACUAAAUUACCAUUUUUUGCCACAGAAUUUGUAAAUAUAGCUCAGAAUCCAGUGUGCUCAGAUUGUGAACUGAGAAUAUGGGUUUACCACCUAAAAAAAGUUUCAGUGGACACUUUGCUUUGCUGCACCUUGACGUUGUCGGCUAGCAGUCUGAAGUAGUGCUGUCCUGAAUGCCAUUUUUGGGCCUUCAAAGCUUCUGUUAUAAUUACCUGCGAAUAUUCAAAGCUUCUAUAUCAUGCAACAGGUCCUGGGGGCGUAUUUAUAUAUGCUCAUCAACCAUUCGAACCCAACCCAGCUUUGAAAGGACAUAGUGCUGCUGUGUGUGGGAGAGGUAGAGAGGGUGGAAGGUGGACUAUUGCACGCAGUGUUUCUUUAAGUUAUUAAUAACUUGAACACUGUGGGUCGGGCUGCAUCACUAAAUGAAAAGCAGGUGCUUUAUUGCAGUUGUCAGCCACAGAUAAACAUUCACAGUUCAUCUCACCUUUUCUUUGUCCUUACUGGUGAAAAAACAAAACAGAGCAUGCAAGUACUGAUUUAGACGUUUAUUACCACACCAAGUGAAGCUUUGAAGCAUUCAGGUCAGCCCUCAGUCUUUAGCUUGAGGGAAAAGAACAGAAGUGAAAAACUGGAAGAAACUCCACUAAAUCAGCAAAAUCACAGAUUUGCAAGGUCACUGAGACCUCUCGCUAAUUGCCUCUGUCACUGAUUCAACAAGCUUAAUCAUCCAGACAGCCGCAGAUAAGGUCGACUGACGCCAUCAGUGAAGGACACAUGCGUGAUGGUCGGCCACACAUUCUAAGCGCUGCCUGGUCACCAGCUGUCGGCUCGGUGUGUUGGGGACCUACAGUCGAACGGGGCCAUAGCCACAACUCACUGUUGUGCCAUACUGAGCCUGACAACAUCUCCUCCUCUGAAGCUGCCUCUCUGCUGCACAGAAGUCUUCUGCUCAUUGGCAAUCAAGACCCUGAGAGAUUUGGAUCCAAAGCAUGAAGCAGUGGAUGAAUACCAAGCUCUUUUGAAAUGCACAGUACAAGCUCCGAAUCAGAGAGCUUGAUUAAAACCCCAAGACUGGACCUGUAAACUUUACCAGUGCAUGACAAGGUGUUCUCGUGUAAAACUGAAAAACAUCAGCGUACUACUCAUCCUGAAAACAGAAUGUUUCACUACAUUAACUGAAUAAGGUUGACGUUUCUGUCGUUUGCAUCAUUCAUGGUCGUCUUCUCAUCUAUGCUCCACUGAUACUGACGUGUUGCUCACCAGACAUCCAGCUAACAGUCAAAGAGUGUACACAAUCUAAAUUAUUUCACGCAGCAGCUACAAUUGUGUAAAAUCGACGAUUACGAUGACGGGCGUACGGGAAUGAUCUCGUGUGACGUUGAAUGUUGUCCAGGGCCGCCUGCCAGUCAGCAUCUUUAAAUAGACAAACGUGCCUCAAGUGUCUUUCAGUUCCUGCUGCGUUUUAAACUUGAUGUGGAAGAUUUGGCACGUUGACUGUUUCAAGUUUAGCAUUCCCAUCAUGUUGAUGGCAGCUGUAAUACAAAGUGGCUAGAAGUGAAGCUCUUAGGCAUUUAGAUGCUUCCUGAUAACAUCCCACUGUAGAGGGUGUUUCCUAUAGUGCAACCAUAUUUAUCAGUAACUUUUGUAUGAGCUCUGCCAUUUGUUUCAUGUGUGUUUUUUAUAUACUCAUGGAUGUAAUUUAACGUGGCAGUAUUGUCUAACUUAAGUGCAGACUUUGUUUUUGUUGAGGAUUUGUCUGUUUUCGCCUGUAUGACAUAUUCAUUUUGUGAACCACUAAGACAACCGUGGAGUGAUGGAGACCAGCUCAAGUUUGGGCCUCCUGAGUUUAAAGAAGCAAUUGCGUUGUCCAAAUUAGGAACAGUUAUGGAGCUUUGUGAUGCUUGAUAUGAACUUUUUGUAUGUUUGUAAUUAAAUUAUGGCCUUAAUAUCCAAACCCAGUGUAUGUCACAGAACUUUGCAUUUGCACUAAAAUAAUUUCGGCAGCUACAGUAGCACCUUUGAGGCAGACUGCGAGUCUUUUUAAAUUACUUGAAGUGCAUUGAGAGGCAUCGUAAGCACACUACCAGUGUAUACAUACUAUUCCUAUAGGACAGCCAAGCCUAACACUUAUUUUUUAUUUUAAUUACGAGCAGUUUCGCAUGUUUUUUCAUGUUCUGUGUCUUUAACUGUGUAAUAAUAUUUGAUGUGAUCAUUCAAACUUUUGUCGACCAAUUCCUUCUCAAUCAGAUGCAAAAGCCGCACUAUGUUCUUGGAAUUUAUGUCAAUAUUGUUCCAUCUUAAAGGUCCAGUGUGCAGGAUUUAGGGGGAUACAUUGACAUAAAUGAAAUAUAAUAAGUAUUAGAGCUGGGCAGUAUGAAGAUAUUAUAUUGUUAUCGAGAUAUGAGACUAUAUAUAUCGUCCUAUCAUCAUGAUAUGGCAUCAUUUGUGGGGGUUUUCCCCC